AUGACGAAGAAGGGCGAGCGCGGCGUCAACAGCGCCUUCAUGACGCGGAGCACGAUCCUGAGACGGCUCCAGCUCACGCUCAAGGACUUCCGGCGGCUCUGCAUCCUCAAGGGCGUCUACCCGCGGGACCCGCCCAAGGCCAUGGCCAAGGGCAAGGACAAGGUCUACUACUCCGUGCAGGACGUGGCCCACCUCGCCCACGAGCCCCUGGUGGCCAAGUUCCGCGAGUUCAAGGCGCUCAUGACCAAGGUCCGCCGGUCCGCGGGCCGCCGCGACGUCGGCGACGCGCGGCGCCGCCACGAGGGCGCGCCCCAGUACACGCUCUACCACCUCGUGCGCGAGCGCUACCCGCGCUUCGAGCUCGCGCUCGACGACCUCGACGACUGCCUCAGCCUCGUCUACCUCUUCGCGACGCUGCCGGGCGCGGGCCGCGUGACGCCGGAGCACACGGCGACGUGCAAGGGCCUCUGCCGCGCCUGGGAGAACGCCGUGGCCCUGUCCGGGGGCCUGACCAAGGCCUUCAUCUCCAUCAAGGGCGUCUAUUUUUCCGCGGACGUCGAGGGCAAGGCCGUGACGUGGCUCGUGCCGCACGCGUUCACGCAGGCCGUGCCCCGCGACGUCGACCUGCGCGUCAUGGUCACGUUCCUCGAGUUCUACGAGACCCUGCUCAAGACCGUGUGCUUCCGCCUCUACAAGAAGCUCGAGCUGCCGUUCCCGCCG